AAUCGGGCCAGCACCAGCGAUGGAGGGAGAAGGCACAGGUACAAGCUGUGGUCGUUUCCACCGCUACGGGGUGUCCUUUGAAAAGUCGCAUUCGGCGUCUUCCCUGAGCAUGAUCUCCAACGCAGCGCCUCGAGAAGAUAACGGCAUCGGCGGUCCCGGGCACGGGCAGGUUCCUGGUCCGGGCCAGCAGCUGGUGGGCUCGUGUUCAUUGUCGUCAUCGUCUUCGUCGUCCGAGACAGAAGCAGAACCAAGGCUGUCGACGCCCGCAAACCCCGGAGGUGCUUCGGAUGCCUCCCGUAUGAAAAGUUCGUUUAUCAACGUUUUCUCGUUGAAAAGCAAAAUCGGGACUGAUGCAGGCGGUACCAGGGCGGUGGGUGACCCGCUGGUCGGCUCAGCACAGGUGAUACCCCCUGUGGUGCUACCGCCGAAGGAGACGUCAAGCCCGAACAUCUUCAAGAAGAUCAUCUCGCGGAAGGCCCUCAUACCGAGAAUGAAAGCGUUCAAGCGAAUAGCCAACGACAUGCAAAUGGAGUCGUAUCCGUUGGACGACGAGAUGCAGCAUGAGAUGAUCAUCACGACGGCGAUGAAGGAGGACGACGAGCUGUCGAACUCGAGAUCGUCCUACUCGUUCUUGCUAUCUCAGAAAAAUAGUCCCCGGAACAUUCUCAAUCAAGACAACUUGAAGAAGUUCGAGGUCAUCAACAAGGCCAACGAGUCGUGGAACAACAACCGCAGAAAGUCCAGCUCGUCGCUGACCAACUCGGAGAGCUACAAGUCGAAUAGCCGCCAGGGAAGCAUGUCCAACGCCAGUAUAAACCUCCACAAGCGGAAGACUUCCGUCACCUCUUUGAUACCCACUGGCACCAACAUCUCGGCAUCCACUACUGUCGCAGACGCCUCUACGGCGAGGGAGGAAGGGGGCGAUACCCCCUACCACUUGCUGCACGGGACGUUCGACACGUCCAGCCACUCGCUUCUAUCCAACCCUUUCGAGACGAUCAGAAAGUCUAGGAAAAGGAAGGCAAAGGCCUACGAUGACUGCUACACAGACGUAGAAGAGUACCUCAGUGACGACGGCGGCGUUUCGCCCUGGAACCCCAUGAUGAACUGCAAACGGCGCCUGGUCAGUGGCAGCGUCACAAACUCCCCGAAAUCACCAGCUCUCGACGCCUAUCCAAGCCGGAGAAACUCAAGCAUGAUGCAGAGCUUACAAAGCGCUUCUGACGACUUUGAGCAGAUGUCUCUGAAGUGAUCAACUGUCAAGCGCCCCAAAGAUGGAGGCGUAAUUUAUUUUCUACACUCGAGCACACACUCAUAUAUAUCUAUACCUCUAUAUGAUCCUUAUUCACAGUUCAUAACCUAAAUCGCUUUCCGUAUUCUAG